AGUCAGAAAAGCAAGCUCACAAAAGACUGAAGCAGAAAUACCUAAUGUUUUUUCAUUAUUGCCAUUGGUGAUCAAUAAAAUAGCGCUUAGUGAAUUUAGUGAGAAUAUCAACAAUUUAUUUAAACAAAGCAAGAGUAAUCUUUUUGUAUCACCACCACUAGCAACAAAUACAACACUGAUAACAGCAAUCUUAAAAACUUCUAACUCAAUGUCAUCUUUUCAGAAAUAUAGAAAAAUUAAACAUCCUACUUUGUUAGUAAUGAAAGGUGAUACAAGUAAUGUCGAUAACAAUGAUAGUAUAAAUCAUGUUAAUAAAAACACUGAAUUAGAAAUGAUUAUCUCAAUCAAAUCUGGCAACAUAAAAGAUAUCAAAGAAGAUAUGAUGAAUGGACAAGAUACAAAUAAUGUCGAUAAUAAUAACAGUAUAAAUUGUGUAGAUAACAAUAGAAAAUUAGAUGAAAUGGUUACCUGUAUUAUUUUCACAAAUAAAGAUGAUUAUAAAAAAGCAAUUAUCACUGAGGUCAAAGAUGAUGAAAGUGAUAAUAAUAAUAAUAUGAUGUUAGUAAUUGACAGGAAUGAUGAAUUUGAUGAUUAUAAAAAAGCAAUCAUUGCUAAGAUCAAAAAUGGUGAAAGUGAUAAUAAUGAUAAUAUAACGUUAAUAAUCGAUGGAAAUGACAAAUCUAACAAUAUAAAAGAUACCAAAAAAGAUAUGAUAAAUGAACAAAAUACAAAUAAUGUCAAUAAUAAUAAUAGUAUAAUAAAUCAUCCUUUCAAAAAAAGAAUAGAUGAAAUUGUUACCUAUAUUAUUUUCAUAAAUGAAGAUGAUUAUAAAAAAGCAAUCAUCACUGAGGUUAAAGAUGAUAAAAGUGAUAAUAAUGAUAAUAUGACAUUAGUAAUUGACAGAAAUGAUGAAUCUGACAACAUAGAAGAUACUGAAAAAAAUAUGAUAAAUGGACAAGAUACAAAUAAUAUCGAUGAUAAUGACAUAAUUAAUGAGAAUGAUGAAUCUGAUAAUAUAGAAGAUAUGACAAACAGACAAGAUACAAGUAAUGUUGACGAUAAUGACAGUAAAAAUACAAAAUUAGAAAUGAUUACAUAUAUUAUUUCCAUGAAUCAAGAUAAUUAUAAAAAAGCAAUCAUCACUGAGAUCAAAGAUGAUGUAAGUGAUAAUAAUAAUAAAAAUGAUGUUAGUAAUCAAUAA